AUGUCCGUCGCCGCCGUGGCGUCGCGAGCGAUCGCUCCCGAGCCCACGACCGCGACCGGACGCGCCAAUGCGCGCGACAUCGCCCCGCUCGAGGGUACCGUUCGCGAGCUCCUGGAGACUUUCUUUGACACCCAGCGUGAAAGAUGCGCGGCGUACGAGCGAUGGAAUGCCGCGAGCGCAGCCGCGCUCGCGGGAACGUUAAGUGAUGAAGCGUUCGUGAGCGCAACGACGGCGGCAACGGCGUCUAUGGGUGCGCUGAGCGAGAAGAUCAUCGCGUGCGAGCGAGGAUUGAGAAAGUUAGAGUGCGAUGAGAUGGCUACGAUGGUGCGCAUUGUGCAGAUGGGCGAGCGAACUCGUUUGGAGAUGACGUGUGCACUGCAUGCGCUUCGGCGGGCGCGGAAUCGAGGCGAGUGGUCUUGGCAGCGCUCGGACGCCAAAGUGAGGAUGGAUAACGUCGCGAGAGCGAGUGAAGUAAAUGUUGAUGAAGUAUCGGGAGAGUUGAGGCCGUCAUGGGCGCACGUGAGUGGUGACAACGCGUCGGCGUGCACGCGGGGCUGUGCGUGUGUGCAAGAAGCCCCCGAGCCGACACGCGAGGAGUUCGAUAACGCCGUCGCGGAGGCGACGCAGGAGCUCGAGAGAUCGGCGCAAGAAAUUAACGACGCGGUUGAGGAGUUGCGCUACGCCCUCGAGGACGAAUUGUGA